AUGCACUUCCCCCGCUCCAUCCUUCUGACCCUCGUAACCAUUGCAGCUUUGCAUCAAUUGGCGCUCGCCGCUCCGGUUGUCGUCAACGACAAAGAAGCCAAGCUACAGUCUCGUGACAUUGGCAUGAAUGGUUUCCCAGAUAAUCAACUCACCAGGGGAGGAACAAUCGCUGCUCGCGAACCUGGUCUCAACAGCAACCCCUAUUGGCCUCACGGCUUCGAUAUUCAGGGAGGACCCGGUGAGGCAUUUGAGCCGGCUCUAGCUGAUGAGCAGCCUGUUGUGGUUGACAUACCGGAUUUUGACUUCGACCCUUCUUCGCUGCCGGACGAAUAG